AUGGCUUCCAAUAGACAGCUUGUUCCGGGAAGCGGACAAAACACCCCUUCACCUCCGUCUUCUCCGGUAAGGUCUAGGCACCGCCGCCCGCUCGCAUCUAAGCCUGAAACCACUCUUGCCCAACGUCUCUCUUGGUUCUUCCUCUGUUUUCUCAUUCGCAGGCAACGCCUUUUCCUCUUGGCCCCUUUGCUUUAUAUAGCAGGCAUGCUUUUCUAUAUGAGGACUGAAUUAACCAAUUCGGCUAUUCUCAGUCCUGUAAUUAAACAUCACCCAUCGCUCGGCUCCUUGUACCGGAGUCCUCAGCUUUACGCUAAUCUACGUCUUCAUAUGGACACAGACAAAUCCUCUGUAGAUGCUAUAUCAACUAUAUGGAGACAAUCUAGACAUGGCAAGUGGAAACCAUGUACUGAGAUUUCAUCUCGAGAUCUGCCAGAGUCAAAUGGGUUCAUCUACGUUGAGGCAAACGGUGGUUUAAACCAGCAGAGGGCAUCGAUAUGCAAUGCUGUUGCAGUGGCUGCCUAUCUCAAUGCAACUUUGGUGAUACCCAAUUUCCACUUUCACAGUAUAUGGAGAGAUCCCAGCAAGUUCAGUGACAUAUACGACCAAGAAUACUUCAUUAGCUCAUUGAAAAGUGAAGUGCGUAUUGUUCACAAGAUUCCUGAUCAAAUUAUGGAUCGAUUUGAUCACAAUAUGAGCAUUGUCUACAACUUCAGAAUAAAGGCUUGGGCACCUAUUCAGUAUUAUGAGAAAACACUUCUUCCAAAGCUUCUUGAAGAAAAGGUGAUUAGAAUAGCUCCUUUUGCACACCGCUUGUCAUUUGAUGCACCUCCGGCUGUUCAAAGAUUUAGAUGCUUAGCAAAUUACGAAGCUUUAAGGUUUUCAAAUUCUGUGUUAAGUAUGGGUGAAAGCCUUGUGAGGAGAAUGAGAGAAAGAAGUGCAAAUAAUAGUGGCAAGUAUGUGUCAGUGCAUCUUCGCUUUGAGGAGGAUAUGGUUGCCUUCUCUUGUUGUGUUUUUGAUGGUGGGGAAAAGGAGAAGAUGGAUAUGGAUGCGGCAAGGGAGAGAGGGUGGAGGGGGAAGUUCACAAAACGUGGUCGAAUUAUUCGCCCUGGAGCCAUUAGAAUCAACGGGAAAUGUCCGCUCACUCCCUUAGAAGUUGGUUUGAUGCUGAGAGGAAUGGGAUUUGGGCAAGGUACGUCUAUCUAUUUAGCUUCUGGAAAGAUAUACGAUGCCGAAAGAAAUAUGGCCCCAUUGUUUGAAAUGUUCCCACUCCUGCAAACUAAAGAGAUGUUGGCAUCGCCAGAUGAACUUGCUCCAUUUAAGAAUUAUUCGUCGAGGAUGGCUGCGAUUGACUACACAGUGUGCCUUCAUAGUGAAGUAUUUGUGACGACUCAAGGUGGAAACUUUCCUCAUUUCAUGUUGGGACACAGAAGAUACCUUUACGGUGGGCAUUCCCAAACAGUGAGCCCUGACAAGCGCAAGUUAGCGUUAUUGUUCGACAACCCAAAUAUCAAGUGGAAAAGCUUCAAUCGCCAGAUGUUGGCUAUGAGAGCUCAUAGUGAUUCCAAGGGAGUUGAACUCAAAAGGCCAAAUGAUUCAUUAUAUUCAUUCCCAUGUCCUGAUUGCAUGUGUCGUACCAACGGAUCCAACACAAACGCCCCCACAACAGUAUAGUAUACUUCUCCAGGCCGAUGCAUACAUGGUUGUCUUCAUUAAUUCCUCAACAAGAUAUAUACAUACAUUAUUCCCAAGGCAAUAUAUCAUUUAAUUUAUUUA